GCUAUAGUUGGUGUUUGCCUAUAGGAUUAGGGAUUUAUGCAUUAAAAGCGUUACUUUUUUUUUGAGAAAGCAAAUUUUGCUUGUUUUAGAACAAUUUUCUUCAUUUUUCAAAAUAGAUAUUUGUAGAAUAUUUUUUUACUUCCGUAAAUAUUACCACUGUUGUUCAAUUAUAUGAAUAUUUUAUAUGAAUCUGUAUAUGUGUGAACAUAUACAUACAUAGAUAGUAACAUCGUUGAUGAGAAAAUUGACCAAUAUUAUCUGUAACCUGAAUAUGUAUAUGGAUAAUUUAUAUAUAUAUUAAUAUAUAUUUAACUGCCGAUGAGUAUAUUUAAGCGCUUAUUUUUCCUUAACGUUAUUAAAAUCUAGACCGUUAAAUAUACGUGUUUUUUAUACUUGUGAUCUCACUCGUGAAACAGGAUUUCAAAUUCAAUUGGCACUGAAGCUCUCAGGCGUCAGUUUUAUUUUGUUUUUCAUUUUGCUUCCUCUUCGCUUAUCACAAGUUUGACGAUUAGCUUUUUUUUGUUUUGUUUUGGUUUUUUUAUAUAUCAACAAAAGAGGAAGAAAGGGAAAAACCAUCGAUCAUCUAGCCCAAACAGUCGAGGAAACGUGCUGCUGUUUUUUUUUUCCUUCCAUUAUUUAUUUAUUUUUUUUAAACAAUUUUGACCCUUUUUUUGCUGGCUUUAUUGUUGAAAAUGGCGGCGAUUGAAAUGGUGCAGAUGUUACUGGAGGCUGCCGACUACCUGGAAAGAAGAGAGAGAGAAGCAGAACAUGGUUACGCCUCCAUGUUGCCCUACAAUAGCAGCAGCGGCGGAAAAGAGAGAGACAGUGCCAAACGAAGAAAUAAAGCCAAGAAAAAUUCAAGCAGCAGGUCAACGCACAAUGAAAUGGAAAAAAAUAGGCGUGCCCAUUUACGAUUAUGCUUGGAAAGACUAAAAUCACUGGUGCCACUCGGACCAGAUUCCAAUCGACAUACCACUCUCAGUUUGCUGAUGAAAGCAAAAGUGCACAUUAAGAAAUUAGAAGAAAGUGACAAACGAGCACAGCACCAGAUAGACCAGCUCCAAAGGGAACAGCGGCACUUAAGGCGGAGAUUGGAGCAGCUUGGGGUAGAUCGGGUACGAAUGGAUAGCAUGGGUUCAGCUGUCUCCUCUGAAAAGUCUGACUCCGAUCAAGAGGAGAUUGAUGUGGACGUAGAUGUGGAAAGCACAGACUACCUGAUGGGUGAUCUGGAGUGGAGCAAUAGCAGCAUUAGUGACUCAGACGAGCGAGGCAGCCUCCGGAGUAGCUGUAGUGAUGAGGGUUACUCCAGUGCUAGCCUCAAGAGACUCAAACUUCUACAGCACUCCAUGGCCCUGAAGACCCUGGGCUGUAGCCUAUAAUAGGGAAAGGGGGCAAAAUUGCCACCAGUCACCUUCAUCCACACAGAUCUGUUCCCCUUCCUCCCAGGAUACGGUGGCUUCAGGAAAUUUGUCAUUCAAAUGACAAUUGCUGAAGUGGACCAUCCUCUGCUGGUUUCGAUAGACAGCUGGCCAUGUGCCUGCCUUUCACUUUUUCUUCUUUGUGCAACUUUUUGUUUUUAAAGAAUAGAGAAGGUUGCAGCUCAUUCUCCUAGCCUCAUGGCUGACGUAAAAUACCACCAAUGUAUAUUGUUCAUUACUUUUCAUUUUUGUUUCACUCACUUUCUUUGACCCUUUCUCUUGUCAUUAUGUUUCAUGUGCUUUAUUUGAUUAAAACUUUAUCAGUGUGCUGGAAUGAAAGGCACCAGGAAGGGAAAAAAAAUUCAAGCAGUCCUAAACUCUCUUUGAAGAUGGAUCUUGCAGUUUGUUUGCUGCUAACUAGUCAAGCCAACCUCUUUUUUUUUUUUUUUUUGUUCCCCCUCACUUAGACAUUAAGUAUUUUGAAUUUUAUUUUAAAAAAAUAAUUUCCUAUGAAAACCAGGGUGAGGGUUGGAUGUAAAUGACAAAGCAUUUGAACACAUUCCAUAAAGUAACACUUUUAGAAGCACUUAAAAGCCUUAUUUAGAGAAACUUACUAAUCUACCCUGGGGGCUGUAGGUGUUGAAGAGAGAAGCAGCUGUAUUGAAAUGUAACACCAUUUCUGUCCUUCAGCAUACAACCCUCCAACACUCAGGUGCACUUCACUGCAUUAUUUAUUAUUUCAGCAAAAUGUAGCAUUUUUGUUAUUUUUAAGGUGUAUGUGCGCGAGUGUGCGUGUGUGUCUGUUUAAAGAAAAAAAAUUAUAUAUAUAUAUAUAAAUAUAUAGGGUGGUCUUAUUACCAGUAUAUGUUAAGUCUUUAAAAAAAUAAAUAAACUGUUCAGUUAGAUUACACUUGUAUUAGUUUCAGUUUUUUAGUGUUCUAAUAUACCAAGUUUAUAGAUUAUAUAAAAUUUUUUGUAUCUUUUAAUGAAUUGAACUUAUUGAAACCUUUGUCAAUGCUGAGGAGUUAAUGAAGAAAGGGACGCCGGUGUUAAAUGUUGCCCAGGAGAGAAAGAAGGCUUUAUAAAAAGUAUUAAAAUAUUCUUAAAAUGACAGGGCAUAUUUUUUGGGUAUGAUGGAGAAUAGCUAUUUGUUUGUGAAGUGCUGUUAUUUGCUUAAAAAUCUUUGUACCAUACACAUAUGUAAAUGAAUGAAUACUAUGUGUCUGUGUGUUAAUUUUUUUUCUUGAUGGGCAGCAUAGUGCUGUAGUGAUUUUUAAUGCUGCUGCCUCACAGCUCUAGAGAGACAGGUUCACAAUCUGGCCUGGCCACUGUCUGUGUGGAGCUUGCAUGUUCACCCCAUGCCUGCAUGGUUUCUUCCCACAUUCCAAAGAUAUGCUUAUUAAAUUACUUAGCAGUUAUAAAUUGGCACUGUACAAGAGAGGGCGAGUGCUGUCUGUAUACAUGUGCCAUCCACAAUUGUCUCCUUUCCUUGCAUCUGUUGGUUGGUGCUGGGAUAGGCUUAGAAAAUGGAUUUCAAUUAUUAACAAAAACAUAAUUUUAAAUUUAAGGUCUCGUAUGUAAUUAAUUUGCCAUUGACAAGUUUAACAAGGUGCUAAAUUAGGGUUCACUUACCCUAUUUACUGCAUUCGGUCCAGUUGCCAAAAGCAACAAAGGGCAGACUGCACAGCUGUCAUCAAAUAUUACAUCUAUUGAAUAAAUGUAGGGAAAAAAAAAAAAAAAACUUGAUUAGUAAGUGCUUUGCAAGGCACAACUUCAUGUUGCCAUGCUCUCAAUAGUGUUGGGAUAGCCUAUUGCUGUCCACUACCCCACAGUGGAUUAGACCGGUUUGGAUAAUCAAUUAAUUUUAUGUAUACUUUUAAGUUUAGUUUGCAUUAGGCUAGAACAAACAAUGAGAUAUUAACCAGUUUUAGCUCACUUAAAAGCACACAAACACAUUAUGCAAGGAGGUGUGCAUCAGAGAAGUAAAUUGUGGUCUUAGUUCUGCAAAGAGAAAUGUAAAAAUGUAACUGAAUUCCAGAGAAAGAAUUAAAUAUUUAAGACAAAUUGCAGCUGUCUAAGGUGAUGCUUAACUCUAACAGACAGAAAAACAAAAACACUUUGUGUACAAAAGCUUUCCCCUUCCUCUUGCAUCCUUUCCCAGUGCAGCCAAUGACAUUCUAAGACUUGUCAUCUUAAUCCUUUUAAGAGUCCACUUGAAUUUAGUUUUACUGCUUUACUUUGUCAAUGAGCCAAGUAUCAUAAAUGUAUACUAAUUUAACCUCUUGAGAUUUCUCGUAUUUUUUUUUUUUGCCAUCUUUUUGCAAAAGUUCACCAUUUCAUUCAGGCUAGAGCUCUUCAGCUUUAGCAUCUGAAACACUAAGACUAGUUUCUUUAAAUACCAAGAUAUGUUUGUCUUCCUGACUUGCAUGCACUGCAAAUACUUCUUAUAGAUGAGUUUUAGACUUUGUUGGGGGAGUUUUAUGUGUGUUUUGUUUAUUUUAAAAUAUAGCACAGGCCUGGAUGAUCUACAAGAGUAAAGAUCAAAUGAGGGAUACGUUUUUGGUGAGACUAUUUGCAUAAAAGAGUAUCCAGAUUAGUUGAGUGUUUAAACACAAUUUCCCCAUCUUUUAGUGCUGCUAUUAACAUGUUCAAAAAUAAUACAAAGAUGGGUUCUUGAUGUGUUCCCCUGGCUUGGGUCCGUGCAACCUGGCGUAUUUGCACUUUGCUUCAUGUCUCUUUCACUUUAGAGAUAUGUAUGUUUUUACUUGUUAUUGCAAGAUCUAUCUUCAGAGAGAUGAGCAAGGAAAGGGGUCUCUAAAUUGAGGGACUUUAACAUAUUCUGUGGAAGCUAUUUUUCUGUCCUGUGUGUCUGCAUGGUGGGUGUGCAGAGAAGGGGUUUAUUAAGUUUAAAAUACAUAUCCUAGAACGUUUUUGCUUGUCUUGCUGGAAUCAGUUGGACAGGAGGUCUGGCUUCACCUUGUCUCUAGCUAUAAAUUCAGAUCCCAGCCAGAGACUCCUAAAAGCUUUCACUGAAGGAAGCACUUGCUGGCAUGUGUGGGAAAACAUAAUAAGAGCCUCUUCCUGAUGACCCCUUUCUGCUUUUGACACCUGUGCAGCUGUUAUGAACAUUAAACAGCAAGAUGCCUUUAGUAGGCUUGCUUCAUUACUUUGAUCUAAUAGUAAGUGUUUCACUGUUUUUUGAACAAAUACAAUCUCUUUGUAGCUACACACACUUCUGUCCUUCGAGGUUGGUAGCUAGAAGCAAAAGUUUAGUAGUAUUUUUUUUUUUUUUUUUAAUUGCAAUGCUACCUCAUGCAUAUACAACAUAUUUUUUUCCAGAAGUUACUAAACAUUCAAAUCAUAUAUAGAGUAAAUAUUUUUGUUAUGAGACUUGACUUUGCUUUUUGUUUUUGUUUUGAUUACCCAGUUGAUGGCUUUAGACUCCUGUCUGGUGAAUUGAGAUAAGCCAUUUCUGGCCCUUUUGAUCACUUUUCUAUUUUAUACCCCUUGGACCUUAAGUCUAAUGUGACAGAGUGGUGAUGGUGUGCAGUAGAAUCUCUUGCCUUGUCACUUCCUUUGCACUCAGAUUUCCAAAAACAAUGUCAAGCCUUCAUUUUGAUGGCUACCACUUGUAUAUCAGCUUUUUGACCAGUCCUCUUCUGGCACAUGGCACUUGCUGUACUGUUCAAUAUGAAUGAGACUGUCAUAUAUAGCUUCAUCAUUUAUUUCUGGCUUCCAUUAUACAUAUGCAUAAUCGAGCUUACUGAUGUUUAGUAACUGACCAUUUUUUACAUUUUCUUUUUGGGUCACAUGUUUGUGGCGAUUUACUGUUGAGUAAAUAUCAAGCAGAAGAUUGGCCCAAAAACAGUAAUCCUGCUGUGGCACUUGGAUUUUGAAAAGGUGAGAGAUACUACUGCAUGUGAAUUUGUGGAUGCAGAUCUACAUUUGAUAUCAAAUAUGCAUUAUGAAAUAGGCAUCAACCUAAAUGUUGGAUUUAUUCACACACCCCUCUCAGUAUGUUGUGUAUUUUUAGUCUCAGAUGAAGAGUCUCAGGAAAAUUUUGGUCAUUUUCCUCCCAUUUAUUUCCUUUUUGUUGCUGUGCCUUUCUUUUUAUGCCUGAAUGUUCAAUAUCUGAGCUCUGCCAUCUUCAGAAAAUGUAUCCAUUAAAGAAAAUGAUGAUAACUUUUGCACAUUUUUCACCAUUCAAGCUUAAAUGUCUCUGGAAACAGUACUUAUAAAGUAAAGUUCGUUCUUUUUAAUUUCCUUCAACUUGAAUAUUGAUGAACUGUUGUGCAUCUGAGAUUCACCUUAAUAUACACACAUUGUACAAUUCCCAGGAAGAAAAAACGUGUUUGUUUAUGCCUUGCCCUUUAUUUGAAUCUACCCAAAUUAAUAUAGGGGAAAAAUUGUUCUUAAAAUACUGUAUUAUUGUCAUCAAAUUGUGUCAUGGGCUUUAUGUUUAUUUUAUAUGUAUUUAUAUUGAACUAGACAUAACUAUUGCCUUGAUAAAAGAAAGGUACUCUUAAAACAGUGCUGCUUAUAAUAUUCUUGGUAAAGAUGCACCCAUAUUAUUUGUUGGAAAUUAACUAUUUUUAAUAUGGAGUUUAGUGGGGCCUUUUUAUUUAUUUAUUUUUAAUAUUAGAGUUUAUUUCCGUGAACUCCACCCUUGGCAUUGCAUGCUCAAAAGCUUCUUUUUCUGGGUGCCCAUGAACAUGGCCUGUGUUACAGCCUUUGUUUUUAGUCUCCUGCAAAUGCAUCCCAAAUUGAUAAAUAUUAUUGAUAUGUUUAGUGUCCUGUCCCAUGAACAGCCCCUGCCACCAACUCUCCAUGCAUUUUUUUUUUUUUUUUGUUCCACUAACCUCGCAAGAAGUUGUAUGCAAGAGGCUGAUGUGUCAAAGUAUAAAAAGCCUGCAUAUCAAUUGGGCUUGCACAGAAUUAGGACCAUCCAUAGAGAAGGCACUUGAUACGGUAUGGUCCAAAACCCAUGAUUCAAUGGUCCUGCUUGCCUAGAAUUCCUGCAAGCUUUCUGUUUGAAAUCAACAGAGCAGCUAGUCCAUUAGGUCUUAUAUGAAGUGCAAUUUUUUUCUUGCUGUCUCUAUUCUCUCUCUGUCUCUCUCCUUUCAAAUGAAAGCAAUAAAGGUUAAGGUUUCAUUUAUGUUCUCUUGUUCAGUAUUAUUCCCUUUCCAGUACUGAUAAUGGAUUAAUCUUUUGCAAAUGGGAAUAAGAAUAGAUUGCUGUUCCUGUCUGAAGUUAGAAUGAAAAAAAAGGCCUUUCUUUAACUAGAUCUACCAUUCCAUGUAUUUUUUUUCUAAGAGGGGUGUCAUGGAUUUGGAUCAUUUUUAAAAGAUAAAAAGGGGGGUUGGGUCAAGCAUACCUUAAAUUAAAAACCAUAAUUUGUGUCUCCCCUUUCCUCAAGCUGACACUCCUAGGCUGGAAUUUUGUUUCAAGGCCUUGGACUACACAUCCCAAUGAUUUAAAUUUGGAAUGAUGAAACAAAAUAAACUGCCCUGGCUCCACCCCACAUUUCCCCUUUUGCCUUGUGACAUAUUAACGGAGUGGGUUUAAUCUGUUCUAGGGGUUGGAAACUGGCAAAUUGUUACUUGAUUUGAUUCCUAUCAAACUUCCCUGUAUUGGACAGAUUAUAAAUAAAGCCCACAGAAAUGCUACAUUAUUGGAUUAUUCCAAAAUUAGUCUGCCAAGAAAUACAAAUCACCCAACCGGUUUAAAAUGGAUUCCUACUGAUGGAACACACACAACUUUGUAGAGGUUGAGCUCAUUCUAGAAUAGCCACCUUGAUUUGUGUUUCUUAGUUAUUUGGCACUUCCAAUAAGUUUUGUGCAUUCAGUUCUGACAAAUCUGAUAGCCAGUCCAACCACAAAUCUUUACUUUGACUCACAGUGCUCCAUUACAUGGGAGGAUAUGUCUUCUAACAUUUUGUGCUGCUGGAAGCCACUUUUGGCUAAUGGUGUCUCAGGAGAGCUCAUUGAAGCCUGCGUCAUUUUAUUUAUAUAUAACAAAAAUAUACAUACACACACAUAAAUACUUUUUUACAAAAUUGUCCAUUCCAGUGAUGGGGACCCAAUAUGAAACUUGCAUGGCGUUUCACAACAUUCAUUUUAGUUGCAAGUCCAUCUGCUUAUACGCUAUAGCCACGAAAAGUUAAACAAAUAAUAAAUGUGAGUGGCCUCUAAAUAACGACCCUGAAUGUAUAUUUCUUAUCCUCGGAGACUGACUAUAAUUACACAUGCUCUGUGAUGCUGUCAGACUGACUUGGCGUAAGGACUGUUUAAAAUAACCCAUUCUGUUUUGGCGAACUGCACUAUAUCUUUUUGUUUUUUUCCCCACCUCCCCAAUCAGGUAUCAUAAUUUCUUGUCUCUGGAAAAAACCCAGUAUUACACUACCUGGAAUGAAAACUGGAAGUAAACAUAAUUUAAUGUGGUUUUAAUUUGUUUCUGCAUCUUUCCAAUGAGGAAUAAAAUAUGUUAGUGGAUAUUUUUUUCUUUCAUCUUUCAUUGUAUUUCAAAUUGCAGUGAUUCAUUAGAACUCCUAAUGAGUGCAUUUGUGGUGUCAGUUAUUCACUAAUUCUAUAUUUUAUAUAUACAGUAGUAGUUUCCUCCUUAUUAACAACCUCUUGUACAACUCGCCACAUGUUUGAUACUUGAUUGCAGGAAAUAAUUUUCUGCUUUUCAUUAAUUUGUAUGAAAAGAUGCAUUGUGAAUGUCUUGAUGGGUUUUAGAAGACAAGUGGUUACUGUAGAAAAAAAACAAAGUGCUUAGAAGAGAGCUUUGUGACAAUCUGUGUUCGUUUACCUGCGAAACAAGGUGAUCUUCCAAUUGAACAAGGACACAGGUUUGGCUCUGGUGGUGGUGGGGGGUGUUUUUUCUUAGAGAGCUUUAGGAUUUUGUAAACCCCUUAUACCACCACAAUCACCACCAAUUUGCUCUGUACCCCAUUUUACAAUGGUGCUCUAAAUGUAACGGCAGCACAUUCAUACUUAGAAUAUUACUACGUGUUUUAGACUACCCAUUACUGUGGAUAUGUAAAGUUCUGUAUUGUUCAACUGUUGUAUAAAAUAAAAUUUAUUUCAUUACUAAUUA